AUGUCCUGCCAGCAGAGCCAGCAGCAGUGCCAGCCCCCUCCCAAGUGUGCCCCCAAGUGCCCUCCCAAGUGCCAGACACCAAAAUGUCCUCCUAAAUGUCCCCCUAAGUGUCCUCCUGUCUCUUCCUGCUGCAGUUUGGGUUCCGGGGGCUGCUGUGGUUCCAGUUCCGGGGGCUGCUGUGGUUCAAGCUCCGGGGGCUGCUGCAGCUCUGGCAGUGGUGGCUGCUGCCUGAGCCACCACAGGCCCCGCAGAUCUCUCCAUCGCAGACACCAGAGCUCUGGAUGCUGUAGCAGUGGGGGCAGCAGUGGCUGCUGUGGCAGCAGCAGUGGCAGCAGUGGCUGCUGUGGCAGCAGCGGUGGUGGCAGCUGUGGCAGUAGCCAGCAGUCUGGUGGCUGUUGCUAA